CCCGCGAAUCCGGGUCAAUGGGGCACCGAGCUUGACCGUUGCGUCCGAACAUCUCGAGUCGGGUGUGCUUGCUUUCCGGCUCCAACUUAUCGGACGCUUCCAGUGAUACCCGCUCAAUAAUUGGUUGUCCUUUUUCAGUAUCCAUGGCGUUUUCAUCGUUUUAGACUCGCCGCCGCAAGAUUCGGCGUCCCCUGUUCGGCAGGUCAACAAACCAAUCUCGGCUUCGCCGUUUGCGCCGGCGCAUUUUCAUGAUCAAAUUUUCCAGCCGUCUUACGAGCAGUUUAUCGGCAUACUUUCGCCUUGAUCGCAUAUCAGUCAUUGAGGCAUCACUCGAAGCAAUAUUCAGCGACCCGAGACAAAUCAAACGGGCCUGGCUGGUCUGGGGGUGAUCCAGCACGAAAACACGAGCGAUCGGCGCCUCAUUCGGCCGGUGCAACAAAGCCAUAUCCCGCUUGGCGACCACGGAUCCCGCCCACACAAUGGAAUCCCUCCUAUCACUCGCCUUCGACAAUCUCUCGUCAUUCGACGGCGGCAAGAUCAAGAAGGGGCUGAAGCAAGUGGAAGGGCUCCUCGCGCAGAUCUGCCUCUCGGGGCCGAGCAGCCCAAGGAAACAGAGCGCCAGCCCAACAAGAGAAAGAGAGCGAGAACUGCCGUCGCGCAAGGUGUUAGCCGACCUCUCGAGCGACCCUGCGUUCCGCGAGUUCUUCAAACUGCAAGAGGGCUUCGAAUGGAACAUCGCCCAGCGGCUGCUCACCACCCUCGACUGGCUCGUCGUCCGCGGCGGCGACGGGCAGUAUGACCUGCUCAUCGUCAAUGCGCUGGACCUGAUCCAGGGCGUGCUCCUGCUCCAUCCACCGAGCAAGAUCCUCUUUUCGCGGAGCGUACACAUGAACUUACUCCUCGACCUCCUCGAACCAAUCAACUGCCCCGCGAUCCAGUCGGCGACCAUCAUCACGCUCGUGGUCGCGCUGCUCGACAUGCCGCAGAACAUGCGCGUCUUCGAGCAGCUCGACGGCCUGCUAACGGUGACGUCGCUCUUCAAGAGCCGCGAGACGGGGCGCGAGGUCAAGUUCCGCCUGACCGAGUUCCUCUACUUCUACCUCACGCCCGAGAACCCCGGCCCCUCGAUCUCGAUCCCGCGGGCGGAAGCGAAGAUGAGCGCCGCGGCGGGCGGGCCGGGCCUGUUGCUGCAGCGCAGCCCUAGUAAGCUCGCUAAGGUCUUUGGUGGCGCCGGUGGUGGUGGUAGGGAGAAGGAGAGGCCUGCUACGAGUAGUAGUAGCAGCAGCAGCGCUAGUGAGAGUGGUGGCAAUGGGAUGACGCUGUCGGUGGAGGCCAAGAAGCGGUUCGUGGAUCGCUACUUGCCUGGUGUGGUGGACGAGUUGUUGAAGGAUUUGAAUACGUACAAGCCGUUUGGGGGGGUGCUGAGCUGAGGGGAAGUCACCGCGCCGGG